AUGAAAAACUCGGCAUUAAAUUUUGGUUGAAAAUUAUAUAAAAAACGAUCAAUGGAGUAUGCUAGAUUCAUACACGUGUUUCCGGUUUAUCAUCGUGCCACCUUUGACAUCAGUUGCCAGAGCAACGACCUCCUACUAAGUUCACCACCCUUAGUGGGGACAGAUGGCAGUAGCAUACAUAAGGCUUUGUAGUAACCCCCUAACCACCCAUUGACAUUUAUUCUUCAUCAUGGCGUGUACCGUAGCAUUUCUCGUUUCUCUCUUUGUGGCAAUGGUUACGCCUAUUGAAUCCAACCAAACAUCAGAAACAGAUCACAGUUUGCCUCAUCUUGAUGAUAAGGAUGACAAAAGUAAUGAAGGAAUGUGCCAAGUAUACCGUAGUGCUACAUGUUCAAAGUUCCUUGCGAACAAAACGGUUUUUGUGAGUUCAAUUCACAGUCAGGGAAUAAUGGAAGAAAAAUUAGCAGCAGCGUUUUCAGUGAUUGCUUCUUCACAAGAUGUUUCUUUAGAGUGUCACAAGUAUGCUAUUCCUUCACUUUGCUACUAUGCUUUUCCACCAUGUGUUGAGAACUCGUCUGUUUCUAAGCCACGUCAGGUUUGUCGAGAUGAAUGUGAGGUGCUAGAAAACAGCAUUUGUCGACUAGAGUAUUCUAUUGCCAAACGCCAUCCACUGAUUGGCCAAAAGAAGAUUCUCCCAGCAUGUGAGGACCUGCCUCCAUUUGGUUCUGAAGCAAGCCAAACUUGUUUGAGACUUGGAGUUCCUAAUUCCAUUCAAAAAAAUGAACAGCAGACCUGUUAUGUGGGAACAGGAGAAGACUACAGAGGGGUAAUGUCUCACACCAUAUCUGGUCACGAGUGUCAACACUGGAGUCAUCAGAUCUUCUACCAUACCUCUGACUACCCGGAACUGAUUGGUGGUCACAACUUCUGCCGUAACCCAGGUGGAAUGGAGAGCCAGCCGUGGUGUUUUGUUGCAGACCAACAGGUUCGAAAGGAGAUGUGUGAAAUACCCAAAUGUGUGGAUUAUCUGUGGUUGUACAUUCUUCUUCCAAGCAUUGUCUUAGUAGCACUUAUUGGAUUGUUGCUUGGAAUUUGGUGUAUGAGGCAAAGAACAAAGUCUAAUCCAUCAGUUAUCAAGCCACCAAAGACUGUUGCUAGACCUUUGAGUCAGCAGGUGGAGAUGAAUGCAUUGUUACCAAGAGCACAGACUAGAGCAACUGAAUUUCCUAUCUCUGCCAUACAGUUUCUUCAAGAUAUAGGAGAAGGAGCAUUUGGUAAAGUUUAUCAUGGAGAAUUGAUGGGUAUACAUGGAGCUGGGAGUGUUACACCUGUUGCUAUCAAAACUUUGAAAGAAAAUGCCACACUGAAAACUAGACAGGACUUCUUAAGAGAAGCAAACCUGAUGUCAGAUUUACACCAUCCUAAUAUUGUAUGCUUACUGGGGGUUUGCACAAGAGAUGAACCUUUCUGUAUGUUGUUUGAAUUUAUGUCCCAGGGAGAUCUUCAUGAGUAUUUAAUCUUGCAUUCUCCUCAGCCAGAUGUUGGAUGCAAUGAGGAUGAAACAUGUAAUAUUCUGGAAUUAUCAGACUUCCUUCAUAUUACACGGCAGAUUGCAGGUGGAAUGGAAUAUCUUGCUGAGAAUCAUUAUGUUCACCGUGACCUGGCAGCUAGGAACUGUUUAGUCGGAGACGGCCUAGUGGUAAAAAUUUCUGAUUUUGGCCUUUCUCGGGACAUAUACUCUUCUGAUUAUUACAGAGUUCAGUCUAAAUCUUUGUUGCCUGUCAGAUGGAUGCCUCCAGAAUCCAUUUUAUAUGGAAAGUUUACUUCAGAAAGUGAUGUAUGGUCAUUUGGAGUGGUUUUGUGGGAAACCUUUAGCUUUGGGCUGCAGCCUUUCUAUGGUUAUAAUAACCAGGAAGUAAUUGACAUGAUUAGGUCAAGACAGCUCCUCUCAUGUCCAGAAGACUGCCCUCCCCAUAUUUAUGCAAUGAUGGUAGAGUGUUGGCAUGAAAACCCUUUUCGUAGACCUUCUUUUAAAGAGCUACAUGCCCGCUUAUGCUCCUGGCAAGCCAUGCACACACAGGCCUUGAGUGUAACGCAUUCAGGAAAAAAGCAUAAUGAUAAUCAUCAUGGCUGCUCAGGAAUGAAUAGUAAUACUGCUUCAACAAAUCUGAGUAGCACUAUAGCAAGACCCUUUGAUCCCCCUCCAAACUUUCAGAGAGCUAUUCCAAGCCAGAAGGUACCCUGUGGUUCUUCUUCAGAAUGUUUUUCAGUUUUACAAACAACAGGAUCAGAUACACCAAUUCUGAAGGCAGUAGAUUCUGCAGUUCAGCAUAAUCCUCAUAAAGCCACAGUAGCUCCUGAGAAAGUGACCAAUGUGUAAUGUAAUUUCCAUUAUUUUGUCGAUUACUGUACAUUUUGCUGGUCACGAUGCCAAUUCUCAGUAAAAGAACAACAAAUUAGGGUGUGUCUGCUCGAUGGUACUAUAUAUAUUUAAAUAAUUGGUGCCUUACAAGUUUUCAUUUAUUUUAUAUAUAUACCAUAGUACUUUUUAAAUUCAUUGAAAAGUGAAACAUUAAUAUCAAUGAAAUGUUUAAGAUUCAGAAUUAUCAGAUUAAAUUGUGCAAAAUAUAUUUUGUCAGAAAAGCUCUAAUUCACAUACUUAGAGAUGAUUCAUCCAUCUAAAUUUUUUUGCUAAACAAAAAUAUUUGAGAAAAGUGUGAAAUUCAUUUCUAUUAAAGAAAGAAAAAUUAAAUAUAUCAAAAAAUUAAGUGACUAGUAUUUUAAAAAUUGUUUAAAAUAGUUUGAAUGAUCUUAAACAUGUUCCUGGAUUUCUGGAAUAUUACGUUUUAAGACAAGAUUAUAUAUUUCAUGUUAUUGUUGCAUACUUAAUUCAUUAGGUUUAAAUUGAAAUUAUAUGUAAAAAAGUUUUCAUCACCAGCUUUAAUGUUAAAAUUACAUAGCUAGUUUGGGGUUUUCUCACUUUGGUUCACUGUAAAUGAAUGUUUUCUUUGUUUUCAUCACCAGCUUUAAUGUUAAAAUUACACAGCUAGUUUGGGGUUUUCUCACUUUGGUUCACUGUACAUGAAUGUUUUUUUUGCAUUAAUAUUGUAUUGUCAUGCUAUCUGUAAGAUCUGAGACAGUUAUAAAUGAGCUAAGAAAAUGUAGUCAUUUUAUUAAGGUCUCUCUACUGCUACUUUUCUUGCAGAAUCUCUAGUUUUAAAUCUUAUUUGACAUAUCACACUGGACUUGAAAUAAUAGAGAAUGUCAGAAUGUAGAAUUUUAGUGGUUCCUGUUAAUUUGGUAAGUAGUAAAAUUAUUUUUAUUACUUUAGGUCUAUUCACCACGUCUCCCAGAAUAUGUCUGAACUCUAACUUUUUUUAUUUCUCUGUUAGAAAAUGUAAAAUAAAAAUUAACAUUUUAUAAUGUACAUUAAAUGAUUUAUAAGUUAAUAAAUAUGUUUUUUCUUAUAAAAACACCUUUUGUUGGUGAUAACUUACUGCUAGUUGGCCUCCAUAUAUUUGUUAGUUCUGUAGCUUAUUAUAAAAUAGGAAAACUGUGAAAUUGAUACCAAUAUGUACACAUAGUAUCAAAUAAUAAUUCUUUUUUAUUUUAAAAAAUACUAAUUUUUAA